UACGCCAUGUUUGAUACUGACCGUUGGGUUUAUACGGAAGGUGAAGUUUUGUGUUUAAACUCCAACUGAAUCGGAUUUAAGUUGAUUUUUUGUUGCUUAAAAAUGAACCUCGGGUUGUCGGAUACAUUGGGUUAAUAUUUCGAAUUAAGUGAAGAAAAAUGGAGUCGAGGUUCGGUACUGAAGUGGCGUCGAUCGUGGAAGUCGCCAUCCAGGCGACCGUGUCUGUUUUCAGGGAUGUGUGGAAGAAAGAGGUGCCAAACUUGGAGUGGAGGGACGAGAAGUUUGGUGAAGUUGAGGAGAUAGAGAAGAGUCUGGUGGUUCAGAUUCACAGAGUGUUCACCGAGUUCUCCUCGGAGAUCUUCGAGGAAAAUGAAGCUCUGCGGGCUAAAGUGGAGCAGCUGGAGGAUGUGCUGCAGAGGAAAGCCGGGCAGCUGGAGCAGGAGUUGGAGGCCAGAGUGGGUCAGCUGGGCAAAGACAUGGAGGAGCUGGAGCAGGAGCUAAAGAGCAUCAGUGAAGGAGGCAGCAAGACUCAGGGAGGACAGACCCACUUCAUACUGCAGGACGGAUCAGUGAUCGGCCCGUCUGAGCUGUCUGUCUCCAGCAGUCCAGCUGCCCCCCUGGUUGCUGAGGAGGAAUCCACCGUGAACCCUCCUUUGGUCUCAGCAGAAAGUGAUGAAGAUGUUUCAGGCUCAUCGGCUGCUUCUGUGACUGUCUCUAAAGCUUCAACAGCAUCCAUGAUGUUUGUUGGGAGGGUCAGCUCUGCUCCCACUGUGCUGUUGGUCGGUGCUAAAAAAGUCAUCAAUCAGGCACCAACUCCAUCAGGAGGAGUGCAGCUCAUCCUCAAACCAGCAGCCUCAACGGGGUCAACACCUCAAGAUGUCCCUAGUCCAGAUUCUAACAACAUUAGUGGCGUCCACUCUUCACAAGAGAAGAAAUCUUUUCAAGAGGCAGCUUCAGGGAGAACGAAGAGAAUCAGGAAACCAACAUCUAAAAUUUUAGAAGCUGCUAUGGAGCUUAGCAGUGAAGGGAAUAAAACCGGGUCAGCUGGAGUGCAGGGAAGACGGCUCACAAAGACUGAGAUAGUGAAGCGGUUCCCCUGUGAGCUUUGCAGCGCCAGUUUUCAUUGGAAAGGUGAACUGAAGAAGCACAUGAAAGUCCAUAAGGAGCCAUUUCCUUGUGAGCAGUGUGGCAAAAGCUUCCUUGAAAAGAAGUCUCUGGAAAAUCACCUUUUACGUCACGAGACAAACAAAGCUCCCUUACCUUUCCCCUGCCCUCGCUGUAAGAGAUCGUAUCGAAAAGAGCAGUCACUACAGAAUCACCUCAAACGUCACCAGCGGCUGAAACCACCAAAACCAUUCGCCUGUGAUCAGUGUGGGAAAACGUUCAGGAUAAAGCCAUCUUUGGAAAAUCACCUGCUGAGACAUGAGAAGUGGAAGCAAAUGUUGAAGUGCCAGCUUUGUGACAAGACCUUUAAGUUACCCGUACACCUGAAAUGUCACAUGGCGGUCCACUCAGAAGAAAGACCGUUCAGCUGUGCUACAUGUGGGAAAGAGUUCAAGAGUAAAGACACCCUUCGCUUCCAUCAGAUGGUUCACACAAACGCCAAAAAAUACAAAUGCUCAAUGUGCGAAGAGACUUUUAAAUACGCCCACUCUCUGACUGUGCACAAGAGGAAACACACAGGGGAUACUCCGUUUACCUGCUCUGUGUGCAACAGAUCCUACAGGACUGGCACUGCUCUGAAGAGACACAGCCUGGUCCACACUGGAGAGAAACCGUUCACGUGUCAUAUAUGUGGAGCCAGGUUCAGCCUGAACAACAACCUCAAGAGGCAUCUUCGUAUUCACACAGGAGAGAAACCGUUUACCUGUCAGGAGUGCGGCAAGAGCUUCUCAGACAACACAAAGCUCAAGUCUCACAUGCUCAUCCACGGAGCCAGAAAGCCUUUUAUGUGUGAUUUAUGUGGGAAAACCUUCCUCUUUAACUGUAGGCUGCUCAUACAUCAGAAGUAUGUGCAUGCUGACCGGAACGAGGAAGCAGACGGCACACAAAGAGUCUUACAGGCUAGGAAGCGGAAUAAGUCGCUGGUUAAACCGUUCAGCUGUAAAAUAUGUCUGAAAGGUUUCAGCGCUGCAUGCUCCCUCAAACUUCAUGAGAGAGGCCACAGUGAGCACAAGGAGUUCAACUGCGGCAUAUGUGGGAAGUCUUUUCAUAACAAAUACUCAUUCGGCUAUCAUCAGAGGAGCCACGCGGGGGAGAAGCCGUUUGUCUGUGAUGUCUGCGGGAAGAGGUUUUUCCAUGCUGGUAGUCUGAAGCAGCAUGAGCGGAUUCACACCGGGGAGAAACCGUACAAAUGUGACCAGUGUGGCAAGGCCUUCAGAACAGACGGGAACUUCUACAGACACUUGCGCAUUCACACAGGAGAGAAGCCAUUUGAAUGUUUGUACUGUCACAGGAAGUUCCACCAGUCAAAUCAGCUCAAGUCUCACCUGCAGGUUCACACGGGUCAGAAGCUGUACACCUGUGAGCAGUGCGGCCGCGGCUUCUCUGAUUCAAGGCAGCUUAAGAAGCACAGCUGUGACGGCUCAUAGCCGAGGGGGCACUGUGCUGCAGAGUCCACCAGAACAUUUAUGAUUACUCUAUUUAAGUAAAGAAACCAGUGAGUUGUAUUAAGGGAACAAGAUACUUUGAGGUCGAUCGGAUGAACAUAACUUUAAUCCUUAUGUAAGCUGUUGAGAUGUUGCAAUUUGCUCAAAAGUCAUACUUGUUUAGCCAAAAAUUAAAUCCAGUCCAGUUUCAAAUACAGUACUGUGCAGAACUUUUAGGCAUGUUUGGAACAAAAUAUUAAGACAGAAGUAAAGCAUGGAAUGGCAAGUUAGCCUGCCUGGGGGCAACAUUGGGCAGGAAAGAGGAUUUACACAGGGCAGUUAUUGACAGGGCCAUGGGGAACAUGAUCUAUCUAAAAUAAAUAAAUUCCACACCUUUGGGGUGGAGUAAAGGGUUAAUGUGGGGAGACAGCACAGCCUAGAUACUGUCUGGGUGGUUGAAGUGCUGCUGCAAGCCCCUCGUGCUGCAGAUGUCUUAAGGGCUCAAAAUCCACUGUUGAUCUCCAGGCAUACUACCAGGGGUGAAAAGGCUCAGACACAAAAAUGCAGUCGAACUCGACUUUGACUGCCGACUGGGAAUGCAUGAUAUUGAUAGCUGGAUAUCAGUAUCGACAGAUUAGGCAUGGGUAUCAAAAUCCUGUACCAACAUGGUACCAACACAUCAGAUUCCUACUUGACUAAAUUACAAUGUAGAUAUAGAUACUUCAUUUCAAUAUUCUGUGACUACAAAUGAAUAAAGACAAUCUUUGAUUGGUGCUGCACGUCUAACACAUGCUAGGGCAGCCUGUUGUGGAGGGACAGCAAGAGGGUAUCUACAGACAUCUGUGUUUGUUUCUGAAGUCAUGAUCAUGUGAGGUUGUUGGCAGGUGGCCAGGCUCCAGUGAUCUGACAGUCUGAGUUGUCUAGUGUUUGCGUUCAGAGGGUCAGAGAUGAAAAAUCAUUUGAAAUUUUCCUGUCUGUGGUCUCCCAGGUUUUUAAAAUUCAUACAGUGUGUGGUUGCCUUAGGUGUUUAGGUACAGCAGUUUCCCUUAUCCCAUGUUGGACUAGCACCUUAUAGAUGUAUUUCUUUGAGUUAUUUAUGAUACCCAGAGAGCUUUUUUUUCUCCUGCUGACUUUUUCUUCAAAUUAUUGUUUCAAGCAACAUGUAGGCACUGGCAUCCUAUAAAAAGCAUUGCUUUAGCACCAGUAUCAGAAAAACCCAGACAAUAUACACAGCCCUACAGCAGAUAAUAGUUUAAAAAGUUGAAUGUUGUUAUCAGCAGAUAUGAUAAUUUACAGCCAAUAUUUUGGCUCUAAAAAUGAGCCAAUAUCAGCUGUAAAUAUUGGUUGUACAAGCAAAUAAGUUAGUUUUAGGCUGGACCAACAGAUCUAUGACUUUUUCUUCAUUGGCCAUUUCUUGUACUUUAAAGUGUAUUUUAAGGACUGAUUUUUUUUUCAUCCUAAAACUUUAAAUUGUGUGUAUUAAGGACUGACAAAUUAGGAAUGAACUUCAUUUAAAUUGGUAUCGAUAUCAGCUAAAAUUAAUUAGUAAAUAUCAGCAUAUCGGGUAUCAGCAGAAAUCCAAUAUUGUGCAUUCGUACUGCAGAGUGGUAUGUGUUGAGCUAGACCACCCACCUACACCCCCUCCAGCCCUGGAUUGUGGCACAUCAGGCCCCAUGAUGGAUCCUAAGAGCUCUACAUGCUCAAAACGUAAGCACAUGACUGUGUCUCAGUUGUUGCAAUCACUUUGUGAAACUAAAACCGUGCAAGCUAUAGCUUAAAAGCAGGGAAAACAAGACAUUUUAUCAGCAACCACCACGAGUUUAACAUUUAAGACCUCUGCUGACUCUCCUGUUAGUGUUCCUAAUAUAAUUGAGUUAAUGAAUGAAUCCAUAGUAAUAAAUGUAGUAAUAGAGAGUUCAUCUAGUCAUGGUUCCACUUUUAUUCUGACAGUGAAUGGUAGAGGACUAAAGCUUUGUUUUGAGCUUUAAUUUUUUUCUAAUGCCGCUUUAUUAGUUUUUUUUUUAACUUUAUGGAAGGCUAUCGGAUGUAAUUAUUUUCAAGGUAAAUGUGUAAAUGAUGAAAUUACUUCCAUGUUUUAUUUUCUGUGUUAUC